AUGAGCACGAGCACCGGAGAAGAAGGGUUCUGCAUCUAUUGUGGUCAUGCUAUGGAUGGCCACACCAAAGCGAACCACUCGAAAUGUAAGCGGUGCAAGAAACGCGUCCUUGUCUGCCAGGCCACUGUACACGACUCUGUUGCCGGGUGGAGAAUAUGCCACGUCCCAUGCCGUUGUGGCGAGAAACACUUUCCAAGUACCGCCAAAGCUGCCCGCCAUUUAGAGCCAACCGAGUUUGCGUCGAGCCAUCCAGACUAUCAAUCCCCGGAAGAGGCCGGCGACCCAGAAGCAAGUUAUGAGCAGACAACGACUUUCCCGGACAGCAGUGCUAUUGCAAUGCCCGAGGCUGAAUCCUCACGAUCCACAGCCCAUCAACAAACGGCACACUCGUCACAUCGACGCACCUAUUCAGCGGAGUCGGUGGAUGAACUCCAGUGGAAUUCGGCGCGUUUGGCAGAGGAGACCGUUGUAGCUGGCAUGGCUAGUCUUGUGAUUGAUGACGCCACGGCAGAGGCGGAUAUUGUGAAAGUAAAGGCACGCUAUACGAAAGAGGGCAAGGUGCAGUUCACCACCGUUUCAGGGCAAACCAUCAGAACACUAGGGGAUUAUUGGAUAGCAACCGACGACGGGUACGAGUUUAAGUACGAAGGGAUUGUGUAUUUCGCGAAGGAAAUCAAGCGUGCAAAGAAAUGA